AUGCUGCUGCAGGCCUCUCUGUCCCCGAGGGAAGGACCUUGCCUCCCUCGCCCUGUCCUGCCCCUGAUUGAACUCCGCAGCGUCUCCACAGGGGACACUACCAGGCCAUGGCCCCCAGCCGCGCUCCCCGCCCGCGCACCCCGCGGCGGGGGGUGCGGGCGCCGCCGCCGCUCGCCUGGAAAUGCGAGCUACCUGGACAGUGACAUUUCUGAGAAGUCCCCUUCAGCUCCAAGAGACAAGAAGAGCCAUGCCUUCAGGGCUUGCCACUGUUGGGACGUUGUUUUCCAGGACUCACAAAAAUCCUCAAUCCCUAGCCAUGGGCCAAAGAUGCCAUCAGGCACAAAGUUGAAGGCGCCACAGACACCACCGUUGUCACAGACAUGGAAACGAGACCGAGGGCAAUCUCUGGUGUCAGCCUUUGUACCAGUAGUGGUGGAUUCUCGGGGGCAGAACCAGGAUAAUAUCAGGUUCAGCUUCUACACCUCCCAGUAUUCCAACUCUCUGAACCCCUUCUACACCUUGCAGAAGCCCACCUGUGGCUACCUGUACCGCAGGGAGACCGACCACACCCGCAAACGUUUUGACGUUCCUCCAGCAAACUUGGUCAUGUGGCGCACCUUAGGUCCUUGA